AGUGAAGAAUAUGUUGCUUAAGUCCAACUGUGUUUUGGAAGCUUUUGGAAAUGCCAAAACCAAUCGUAACGACAACUCAAGCAGAUUUGGAAAAUAUAUGGAUAUCAACUUUGACUUCAAAGGAGAUCCUAUUGGUGGGCAUAUCAAUAACUACUUAUUGGAGAAGUCUCGAGUGAUUGUGCAACAGCCAGGAGAAAGAAGCUUUCAUUCUUUCUAUCAGCUACUCCAAGGAGGCUCAGAGCAGAUACUACGUUCUCUACAUCUCCAGAAAUCCCUUUCAUCCUACAACUAUAUCCAUGCCGGAGCUCAAUUAAAGUCAUCUAUCAAUGAUGCUGCAGAAUUCAAAGUAGUAGCUGAUGCCAUGAAAGUAAUUGGCUUCAAACCUGAGGAGAUUCAAACAGUAUAUAAAAUUUUGGCUGCUAUUCUUCACUUGGGAAAUUUAAAAUUUGUAGUGGAUGGUGACACGCCUCUUAUUGAGAAUAGCAAGGUGGUAUCCAUCAUAGCAGAACUUCUUUCUACUAAGACAGACAUGGUGGAGAAAGCCCUUCUUUUCCGGACCGUGGCCACCGGCCGUGACAUUAUCGACAAGCAGCACACAGAACAAGAAGCUAGCUACGGCAGAGAUGCCUUUGCCAAGGCAAUAUAUGAGCGCCUUUUUUGUUGGAUUGUCACUCGCAUCAAUGAUGUGAUAGAGGUCAAGAACUAUGACACCACAAUCCAUGGGAAAAACACUGUGAUCGGUGUCUUGGAUAUUUACGGCUUUGAAAUCUUCGACAACAAUAGCUUUGAACAGUUCUGCAUCAACUACUGCAAUGAGAAACUGCAGCAGCUGUUCAUUCAGCUGGUCCUGAAGCAGGAACAAGAGGAGUACCAGCGGGAGGGCAUCCCAUGGAAGCACAUUGAUUACUUCAACAACCAGAUCAUCGUGGACCUUGUGGAACAGCAGCACAAGGGCAUCAUCGCAAUCCUAGAUGACGCCUGCAUGAAUGUUGGCAAAGUCACCGAUGAAAUGUUCCUGGAAGCACUAAACAGUAAAUUGGGCAAACAUGGCCAUUUUUCCAGCCGAAAGCUCUGUGCCUCAGACAAAAUCCUGGAGUUUGAUCGAGAUUUUCGAAUCCGGCAUUAUGCAGGCGAUGUGGUCUAUUCUGUCAUUGGUUUUAUUGACAAAAAUAAAGAUACUUUAUUUCAAGAUUUCAAGCGCCUCAUGUAUAACAGUUCAAAUCCUGUGCUGAAGAAUAUGUGGCCUGAAGGUAAACUAAGCAUUACCGAGGUGACCAAGCGCCCCCUGACCGCUGCCACCUUGUUCAAGAAUUCCAUGAUUGCUCUAGUGGACAAUCUUGCAUCGAAGGAACCAUAUUAUGUACGUUGCAUCAAACCCAAUGACAAAAAGUCCCCACAGAUAUUUGAUGAAGAACGCUGUCGGCAUCAAGUAGAAUACCUUGGGCUCCUGGAAAAUGUCAGAGUCCGUCGGGCAGGUUUUGCCUUCCGUCAGACCUAUGAAAAGUUUCUUCACAGGUAUAAGAUGAUCUCUGAAUUCACCUGGCCCAACCAUGACCUUCCUUCAGACAAAGAAGCUGUCAAGGAACUGAUAGACCAGUGUGGUUUUCAAGAUGAUGUAGCUUAUGGAAAGACCAAAAUUUUCAUCCGAACACCCCGUACAUUGUUUACCUUGGAAGAACUCCGUGCCCAGAUGCUUGCAAGGAUUGUCCUUUUCCUACAAAAGGUGUGGCGGGGCACCCUGGCCCGCAUGCGAUACAAGAGGACGAAAGCUGCCCUGACCAUAAUCAGGUACUACCGGCGCUACAAAGUGAAGUCAUACAUCAAGGAGGUAGCCAAGCGCUUCCAGGGCGUUAGGACGAUGAAAGACUACGGGAAGCACGUGAAGUGGCCCACCCCUCCUAAAGUACUACGCCGCUUUGAGGAGGCCCUACAGGCAAUUUUCAAUAGAUGGAGAGCAUCUCUGCUCAUCAAGAGCAUACCUGCCUCCGACCUGCCCCAAGUCAGGGCAAAAGUUGCAGCCAUGGAAAUGCUGAAGGGUCAAAGGGCAGACCUUGGGCUCCAGAGGGCCUGGGAGGGCAACUAUCUUGCUUCGAAGCCAGAUACACCUCAGACCUCAGGCACUUUUGUCCCAGUUGCUAAUGAACUAAAACGGAAGGACAAAUAUAUGAAUGUCCUCUUUUCCUGUCAUGUCCGUAAGGUGAAUCGAUUUAGUAAGGUGGAAGACCGAGCAAUUUUUGUCACUGACCGUCACCUGUAUAAAAUGGAUCCUACUAAACAAUACAAGGUGAUGAAGACUAUCCCCCUGUACAACUUGACUGGUCUGAGUGUCUCCAAUGGAAAGGACCAGCUUGUUGUGUUCCAUACAAAAGACAACAAAGACCUUAUUGUCUGCCUCUUCAGCAAGCAGCCAACCCAUGAGAGUCGAAUUGGAGAACUUGUUGGAGUCCUGGUGAAUCAUUUCAAGAGUGAGAAGCGUCACCUUCAAGUGAACGUCACCCACCCGGUACAGUGCAGCCUCCACGGGAAGAAGUGCACCGUCUCCGUGGAGACACGGCUUAACCAGCCAGAGCCUGACUUCACCAAGAACCGCUCAGGCUUCAUUCUCAGUGUGCCGGGCAAUUGAUCCCUCCGUGUGAGAUGGGCCAGGACGGGAGGCUGCGCCCGGUAGAGGCUGGUGGGGCUCAGCCUCCCUUGGCAUCAUAGCCUAAUUGCUGCAUCCCUGCUAAAGCCUCGUGUGCGAUAUCAGCUUGCCAGCUCCCCGCCCGGAGGCGCCCCUCCCCUGGGGUGGUCUCCCUGGCUUUCUGCCUCAGUCUCCAUCUUCUGCUGUCUCAGCUUCCCACAGUCCCUGUUCAGUAAACCAAAGACCCCAGAGCCCUGCCCCAGACCCCUGGACCAACAGCAGGCCCAAAUCUCACCUCAGAGGCAGCUGGAUGAACCUUCUAUCUGCACAAGCAUCCCCUAGGUGGCAGCUCAAGUCAGCGAGCCUCGAGACAAUGACCAGCUGCUGACACCAGGAAAGGGACAGGAGAGGAGCCCAGGAUGCAGUUUCCCCAGCCAAAGACAUGCUCUUUCCAGCAGGAGGGAGCGAUCUUGCGGGGGAAGGCCUGUCCUCUUGUCCCCAAGGUGAUCACUCUCAGGACCUGGCUCAGAGCUCCCCAGAGACCCCCUCCAGCCAAAGCCACCAGGUGAGCAGGUCCACCUGUAGCACCAGCCCCCGGCCACACCAGCAGGGCACCCACUUUGCCAGAGCCUCCUGUCCUGGCAGACGCCCCUGCCACAGGCCCCGGCCCAGGCCUUCUGCUCACCACCCCAGAAGCAGUGUGAUGUUUGUUCCAAUGCCAACCCGGGCCCACAGCCUGCAUGUGCAGUCGUGUCUUGCCAGUUUCUGCAGUGCACUGGCUGCUGGUCAGAUAAAGUCUACUGCUUGUAAGAAAAUGCAGGGCCACAGUUGGAAUCAGCAGCUUCUCCGAGCUCUGACUGGGUUUCCUAGCCACCAGCAGAGCUAGGAGCUGGGUGAGGGUGAGCGCACACCAGGGCUAGGGAGGCGGCGCAGCAGCGCACCGUGUGGGGUCCUGGCACUGCAGGCCAGGCCAGGGCACCCGCUGCACACCACGCACAAACCCCUGCUGGCACCCGGUACCUAUGGCCUGCUUGUAGGAGAGCUGCUGCCUCACCAGUUCGCCAGCACAGAGCGCCUGUGCUUAAAGGCCUCCCCGAGACAACCUCCCCACCUCUGCUGCUGAGGAGAACGCUGUGGCCUUCGGCAGGGAGCCCACACCUCAGGAGGAGCUGGCAGGGUACGAAAGGGACAAACUGAAGUUUUCUUCACUUUCUGCCACAAACGCUGCCUCUCACCCGGCUUCUCCCACCCUGACCCAGCAGAACCACCCAGGGCCUGUGUGGCACCUCCCAUGCCUCACCCAGGAUCUGCCUGAGCUGGUCACCCGGCUGGCUGCCGCGGUGACGGCAGCCUGGUCUCAUGCCCUUCCUUCCAUGGACCCAGUACUACGUGCAAUUUGCAACAAAGAGUCCCAUUGGUGUCCUGCCCUUGGGACCCUCUCAUUCUCGAGCCUGGCCAGCUGUCCACGCGGUGAGGGGUGCCUGCGUCCAGCCCAGCAAUGCGCAGCUUUGCCAAUUGCCAGUAGCACUAGCUGCACCUCUAACUGGAAUCUGGCCUGUCCUCCUCACCCCCCACACCUGCUUCACACUAGACACACACACAUCUGUUUCAAACGCCCAAAGAAAUCAUGCCAAAUGAGCUGCCUGUCAGAGAAUAGAGAAGAAAGAAGAGCGUGGACUCCCCCUGCCCACCUUCUGACAGUGUCAGGCACUGUCGCCAGGUCACUUUCUGUGGCACCUCAGCAGCCACGUCGUGUGGCGGUGAGGAGCAGUGUGAGCGAGGGUGCGCUUGAGCGUGUUAACCCAUCAAGGGUGCUGAGGGCCGUGAGUGAACGCGAUGAAGUGGUUUCUCUUGUUUUAAUUAAAUGUACUUUUAUGGUUUGGUGCAUAUAUUCCUAUUUUCCAUUAAAUUAACUUUAUUUCUAAAGCAUAUUUUGAUUUACCAUCAAGAGCAAUAAAGCAUUAAAUCUUA